AUGUCUGCCCACCACAGAUUGACACUCAAACAACCAUCAGGUCGAGAGCUUCUCGGUGGCGACCUGCUCGCUCAAUGCCUUAAAGCCCUCGGCGUCGAGGUGGCAUUCGGCCUCCAUGGCGGUCAUCUGGAUGCCUUCUUGAUGGGUUGCGCAGAGAACGACAUAGAAUUAAUAGAUACCAGACAUGAGACCGUUGCUGUACAGGCUGCGGAGGGAUAUGCAAAGGUUAAGGGGAAGACGGGAGUUUGCUUUGUUACGGCCAACAGUGGAUUUUGCAACGGCCUCCCAGGUCUUGCGACAGCUCUCGCCGACCGCUCACCAAUCUUCUGCGUCACAUCUUCCGCGCCUCUUCGCGAUGCCGCCACCAACGCCCUCCAAGAUUUCCACGACCAAGUCGUCCUCGCAAGACCCGUGACCAAAUUCGCUCAUCGAAUCACAAACGUGGGCGAGAUCCCACGUCUUGUCAGUCUUGCUUGGAGAACCGCAAACACUGGAGCGCCUGGCCCCGUGCUGAUCGAUUUCCCAAUCGAUGUGCUGUUUACUCCGGUCAUUGAAGAGAGUGUGGCAUGGGGAAAUAUCACAGCUCCCGAAGUGUCUCUGCCUGGACCAAGCCCCAAAGCUGUUGAAGAUGUCCUCAAGUUAGCGAAAGAGGCGCAGAGACCUGUCAUUCUAGUUGGAACAGGUGCGCGCGGUGCCAUCAGCGAAGUAUCAGCAUUCGCAGAGAAAACCGGCAUUCCCAUUUUCCACAGCCCAAAGUUCAGCACUGGCAUUGCGCAAAACCACCCCUUCUACGGAGGCUCCGCCACGAACCUCGCUCUCCUCGGUCCCACCGGGAAACCCACGCCAGAUCUCGUCAUCGUUCUCGGCGCGCGAACUGGCUUCAUUCUCGGCGGCCGCAGCGGUGCCAUAAUCCCCAACAAAGACUGCAAAGUCGUUCAAAUCGACAUUGAUGGCGGCGAGAUCGGACGCUCUACCCAUAUCGACCUUGGAGUCGUGUCUGACAUCGCGCUUGCGGUGUCGGCGCUCUCUUCUGCGGUCGAGAAGAACAGUUUCAAGGCGCCCGAAGACUGGGUCAAGACUGCGCUGGGCAUGAGGGCUUUCAAGGCGCCGCAUAAUGAGUCGGAGCCGGUGAUAGAUACGAAUAACGGCAAUCUGCACCCUUAUCAUGCCGUCAAGAGGCUGUUACAAAGCUUGCCGGAAGGCAACAUCCUUUGCGUCGAUGGAGGCGAAGUUGGUGGCUGGACACUCCAACUUAUGACUGAAGCCAGAGCAUCUUUGUCGAUGGUAGCGACGGGAUAUCUUGGGUUCCUCGGGAACGGAUGGGGAUACUCCCUUGGCGCCGCUGUGGCAGAUCGCUCGAAGCUCGUCGUGAAUAUCCAAGGUGAUGGCUCGGCAGGUUUCCACAUCGCUGAACUUGACACGUUCAAGAAGUUUGGUCUUAACAUCUUGACUGUCGUGGUGAAUAAUAGCGUCUGGGGCAUGUCCAUUGCGGGACAGGAGAUGAUCUACGGAAAGGUCACAUCACAGCGUCCGGCUGCGAAAUUACGCGUCGAUACACGGUACGAUGUCGUUGCGCAGGGUUUUGCGUGCACUGGCGCCCUUAUUGAUGCGACAAACUCGCUCAAGCAAACAGCGAGUGAGACUAGGAAGAAGACAUACGAGGAUCUGGGCCCAAUUGACGAGGGCAAGAGUUCAAAGGUGUUGGAUGGUAUUGCCGCGGCGGUGGAGGAUAUCAUCAAGGCGGAUGGGCCAGGUCUGAUUGAUCUGAGAGUGAGCCCCCAGCCAAAUCAAGAUACGACAAAGGCCAUGGUCGGACACACUGAUGACCCUAACGUCAUCGUGGUUCCUUACUAUGAUAACAUCCCAAGGCCGUAUUAUAAGUAGGAAGAAGAGUUAUCUAUAGAAUGA